AAUGAGAAACUUGGGUGUGAAGUAUUUGGAUUUCCAGAAACUAAUUGCAUUAUGCAGCAAUUUACUUUCAUUGUGGUAUUAAUUUUUUGAAGGGCGCGGUAUUUCGGCAGCAUUUAAUGUAGGGAAAUCAGUUUUGACUGUGAUAGCGAAACAGUGAUUUUUCUGUGGUGACAAGCAACUCGAUCAUGUCACUCAAGAAGAUGGUGUUGCAAAAGAGCACAACUAUGUCUUUGAAUGAACGCUUUACAUACCUGAGGAGAAACCGAGAGAAUGCAAUUCGAAAUAUUCGAGAGAAUGCAGUGCUUCAACACCAAGCAUCAGUGAAGAAUCGCAGACUUGUGCAGCAGAUGGAACGUCGUCCAGCUGUUGUGGCAGCUCUUAAAUUGAAAAAGAGGAGCAUGCGGCAACGUCUUGGUCAGCGCUUGGGAAACACCAGCAUUAAGGAUCGAUUGACAUUAAAUGUAUCAUAUCGUGGAGGUCGUAUGAGGGCAAGAAGUCGUUCCCGUGGAAUGUCAAGAGGAAGAGGUCGUGGGCAGUUAUCUGGUAACAGAGUUGGUCAGCUGGAUAACUUCAGAUACAGACAGCCACAAACACAAGGACAGGGCCAAAGCUCACUUUAUAGGAGUCCUUCAAGACGUCCAUUCAAGAGAGGACGUGGUGGUACACCUAUCAGAGGAAAUCGGGGAGGAAGGUACAUCCAACGAGGUGGUCAACAAGGUCGAGGUGGUGGUUCAUUCAGACGUGGAGGUCGUGGUGGAGGUCGAGGGGGUGCAAGAGGAAGAGGCCGUGGUGGCAGGGGUCGCGGAGGUCGUGGGCGGCAAAAUAGACCUCUGCCUUCAAAGGAAGAACUUGACAUGCAACUUGAUCAAUAUAUGGCAAACACAAAGUCACAUCUUGACCGAGAGCUAGAGAGUUACAUGAACCAAGCCAGUACCUCUGAAUCAUGGGAUUGAAGCUUCAUGUCAGUCCAUCUCUGAUUUCCCAUUUGAAAUUUGCUUUAAUUUAUGGUUUGUUUAUGUCUUGGACUUCGAACUCUUUCGCUGUAAAGUUUUAAAUGUUCAUAAGCACAUUUUUCUGUGUUUAAGGACUCCCAGUGUAAAAGUAUUGUAAAUUAGGAUAUGUAAGAAAGAAACAGACUGUGGGAUAGCAAAUUGCUCCCAAAUAUUUAUAGUAACAUUUUUACAAAAUGUGUAAUAAUGGUUGUAACAUGAUGCUAAAGGAGAUGCUUCUGUAGUUUGUUUCACUGGACUCAUAAAUUUGUCACUCUUUUAAAAGUAAUACUUGUGAGGCUGCAAUGAUGUUUUAAUGUGCAUUGAACUAAUAUUCACUUAUACAGAUAAGUGUAAUGCUAGAAAUAUAAACUCACUGUGUUUGUUGAACAUGUCAUGACUUAGAAGCAUUCUUGCUUUGACUGACUCUUAAUAGAUUUUCUGUUAGAGAAUGAAUGCCAUUUUAUGAAAAAUAGUGAUGAUAAAGUGGACUUUCGUGUGUUCUAUUUCUAAAAGGAAUUGAUACAGUAGAAUAUGAUUUGUUUUGUGUUAUGUCAUCUUGCCCAUGUAUUGUAGUUGUUUGAAAGAAAGAAAGGGAGGGAGAGAGAGUGAAAGAGUGAGAGAGAGAGAGAGAGAGAGAGAGAGAGAGAGAGAGAGAGAG